CUUGGUGACGACAGCGACCGCCGCCAUUUCGUGUGACCGAGCAGCAAGGAAGAGGCGGCGGGCGGAGGAAGAAGAGGAAUCAGCAGCAGCAGCAGCAGCCGGGGACAGAGAGAAGCUGGUUGGAAACACACUACAAUGGGGAAUAUUUUCGCUAAUCUGUUUAAAGGCCUCUUCGGCAAAAAGGAGAUGAGAAUUCUUAUGGUUGGCUUGGAUGCAGCUGGAAAGACCACUAUCUUGUACAAACUGAAGCUUGGUGAAAUUGUCACCACCAUUCCAACUAUAGGUUUUAAUGUUGAAACUGUAGAAUAUAAGAACAUAAGUUUCACUGUCUGGGACGUUGGUGGUCAGGACAAAAUCAGGCCUCUGUGGCGUCACUAUUUCCAGAACACUCAGGGACUCAUCUUUGUGGUUGACAGCAAUGACAGAGAGAGAGUCAAUGAAGCUCGAGAGGAGUUAACCAGAAUGCUGGCAGAAGACGAGCUACGGGAUGCAGUGCUUUUAGUGUUUGCAAAUAAACAGGACCUUCCGAAUGCAAUGAAUGCUGCUGAAAUCACAGACAAAUUAGGCCUGCAUUCUCUGCGUCAAAGGAGCUGGUACAUUCAGGCCACCUGUGCGACUAGUGGAGACGGUCUCUAUGAGGGCUUGGACUGGCUCUCUAACCAGCUGAAGAACCAGAAGUGAUCUCUGUGUGAACACCACCCUCCCCUUUGCCCCCUUCCCACCCAAUUCUCAUCCUGUUCAGCAUCUUGGCAGAGCUGGCCAGCACCUCUGCUGUCUCCCGGGCGGGCAUGUAAUUUCCUCGCACACACGUCUGUGUCGUGUGAGUGUAUGUGUUUGCGCGCCUGUGCGAGUGGGAGCAGCGAUCUCACACUGUGCCUUAUACAUGCUUAGCAGUAUUAAUCCCCUCUGAAAAAAAACACUACCCUUUCCUUGAAGAUCAUACGUGCAGCUCACCUCUUCCUUCACUGCUGCAGAGAGAGGUUUCCAUAUCAAUCUGUGGUAGGGACAGGCAGAUGUUUUUUUGCAGCAUAUCUUCCAUUGUCCGCAGCAAUGGGAUUAAUUCUCUUGUAAAUCAAUGGGUAAAAGUGAACGCGGUAUUUUGAGAUGUAUUCGGCAACGCUCUGGUCUUGUUGUGAAUAGUGCCAUCAGACCCAAGAUUCUAGUGUUUUGCGUUAAGAUCAUUACGAUUGAUAAGGCAUCAGAAACCAUCCUGAUGGCAAGUUUCCUCUGGUUAUUGUCUCGUAAUAAUCAGUAAUUUUUUUCCCCCCAGAGCUAUUCCACAAGGUGAGGUGUUUUAUUUUUUUGUUUCCCCCACCCCUAGAUUUCCAGCUAGUUUGGUCUUUGAAUCGUGUUAAUGACACAUUACACCUCCUAUACACUGUAGCUAUUUGCACUCUUGGAUAUAUAGCAUUGGAGGAUGGAAAGUGUGCUGCUGGUCUGUUCAGCAACUAGGGGGCAUUUGCAGAGAUGUGUAAUGGUUUAAAAAAAAAAAUGUUUUAGUAGAAUGCCUCUUCUAAUCCAUUCCAGAGAGCCCCCAAAAUGUGGGCAUGGAAGAGGAAAAUUAAUGAAUUUCUCAAGCUAGAAUGCACACUACGUAUCCAUUUGUUUUAUGAAUGCCUCGACCUGUUCCCAGCGCUGCCAUUACACGCACACACCGCAUGGCCUUCCCAGUUUGUGGUUUUAUUCAGGCGCACUGUAACAUGAGUUUCUCAAACCGCCCCCUUCAUACUGGCGUGCAUGUAAUAUCACCAGCCUGGCUCUUUUGUGGCUCCUGAGAUGUCUGCUCCCACUCUUAUAUAUUUUUUUUUUUUAAUUAUUUUGUAUGGAACAUCCUAAAUUAGAUAUUUUUUUUUGAUGUUUCCUACUUGGAAGGAAAUCUGUACAGUUAUGUUAUUCUAAUGUACUAACAUAUUUUUUUUUGUUUAAUAUACAUAUAUAAUUUUCUCCUGUUUUCUUCCUUUUUUUUUUUUUUCUCUGCCCCUCAUUGUUACAUUUAGUUAAGGAACUGGUGUUUGAUUUCAGGAUGAUGAAGUAAGGGGGAGGUGUGGAUUUGAACAGGUAUGAAAAUAACUUUGUAACCAAGCAAGUGGCUGGGCUCAUUGGUCACAGAAGCCAUAUCAAUAGGGCACAAAGACUGCAUUUCUGGAAGCCCUCUGGGCUUAGUGUUCAGACGCUCUUGGGUAUCACCAUUUUAAAAGAAAGCUGAGCGUAUCAUAUUUUUGGUUGUAACAAAGAUCCUUGAAAAAUAAAUAAAUGAUUUUAUAAGUUUGACAAUUUACUUUACCAAGACACUCGGUAAAUAAAAUGUGUUUGUUUUUUUUGGAAGUAUAUUUAAAAUUGAGGGGUAAGAAAGUGAUCUAAUCACAAGAAAAAUUGAAUGUUGGAUUAGCUUAAUUUCAAUCCUUUUUAGUGGCUAUAGCAAGCACCAGUUCUGUAGGAAAAUACCUGUGCAAAGGCUUUCAGUCUGCUGGCCGCAUCGCUCAAUUUGUUGCUAGUCAUGGUCACUAGUAGGACAUCCGUGGUAAGCGUUGGUCAACAUUUAACUGUCCAUUUUUCCUUGGACUGCAGCUUUCUUUAUCCCGGUGAAGGUCCAUGAUUGAGCCAAGAUAAACCUCUGUGCGGACACAUAUCAUUUUGGUCUAUUCCUUUGCUGUGAUUGUCCCCCCUUCCCCCUCUCUUUCUUCAUUGGAUCGAUUGCAGGGAGUUGGACAAUUUACACAUGUGGCUAUAACAACAUUGCAGCACUGCACACGUUUAUUUCAUACAUUUAACUUCAAAAUAUAAACCUAUGGUAUUCCAUUUAGUUUUAAAGCAUUCUGUUUUGUAGAAUUUAUUUCCGCAGGGAUUGGGAAAUGUAGCUCUUAACAAUUUUAAAUCUAUAUAUAUAUAUAAAUAUAAACUUAAGUCUGUAAAUGAGACCAUUUUCAUAUUGUCGCACGUAAAUGAACAUUGAAGCUUUAAGGCUAUAUUUCCUUUUAUUUCUUGUAUAAAACGGAUUUUAAAAAAAAAGGUGUGAAACAUGUGUUGGACCCAAAAUCGAUAUCAUCCAUUUUGUUUUGUUUUUUUUCUAACCAUGCUGUAUUUUCUCUGAUAUGCUCUACAUUAAAAAGGUCUGUAUUGGAGUAA